GCAAUGCUUCCCUGAGCCCUCCGCAGCCUGUUGCACUGUGCUGACUGCAGCCUGACAUUGCCCUCCAGACGUACAAUAUAUAUAUAUAACCAGUAUAUAUUGGGAGAGAGCUCUGAGCGUGGGAAAGAGACAUCUCCGUAUUCCAGCUGUACCACAACAAAAACUCUUUGUCUGUCGCCUCAUGGAAGUGCUGACUUCCUAGUUUAUUGGCUAGGAGGACUACGGCAAUGUACCUCUAUGGCAGCGAGGAAUCCGAUGAGGGUUCGGCGGACUCCUAUACCAGCCGUCCAUCUGAUUCUGAUGUCUCUCUGGAAGAAGACAGGGAGGCCGUGCGGAGAGAGGCAGAGCGUCAGGCCCAGGCACAGCUGGAGAAAGCCAAGACCAAACCAGUUGCAUUUGCCGUACGGACGAAUGUUGGCUACAGCGCAGCUCACGAUGACGAGGUUCCAGUUCCAGGAAUGGCUGUUUCAUUUGAGGCUAAAGAUUUUUUGCAUGUCAAAGAGAAAUUUAACAAUGACUGGUGGAUAGGUCGGUUGGUAAAAGAAGGCUGUGAAAUAGGAUUUAUCCCAAGUCCAGUAAAGCUCGAGAACAUGAGGUUUCAGCAUGAACAAAAGGCAAAACAGGGAAAAUUCUACACAAGUAAAACCGGGGGAAAUUCUUCUUCCAGUUUGGGCGAUGUGGUACCAAGCUCUAGAAGAUCAACUCCACCAUCAUCUGCCAUAGACUUAGAUGCCACUGGCUUAGAGGCUGAAGAGAUCGAAAUUCCAGCAAAUCAUCGAUCCCCUAAACCCAGUGUAAACAGUCUAACAUCACCCCAUAUGAAAGAGAAACGAAUGCCUUUUUUUAAGAAGACAGAGCACAUCCCUCCUUAUGAUGUAGUGCCUUCUAUGAGACCCGUAGUCCUGGUGGGGCCUUCUUUAAAAGGAUACGAGGUGACGGAUAUGAUGCAGAAAGCAUUAUUUGACUUUUUAAAACACAGAUUUGAAGGACGAAUAUCCAUUACUCGGGUGACUGCCGACAUCUCGCUUGCCAAACGUUCAGUAUUAAAUAAUCCAAGUAAACAUGCAAUUAUAGAAAGAUCUAAUACACGAUCAAGUUUAGCGGAAGUUCAGAGUGAAAUAGAGCGAAUCUUUGAAUUAGCAAGGACGUUGCAGCUCGUAGUAUUAGAUGCCGACACCAUAAACCAUCCAACGCAGCUUAGCAAAACCUCCCUAGCUCCCAUCAUAGUUUAUGUCAAGAUUUCUUCUCCAAAGGUUUUACAAAGGUUGAUAAAAUCAAGAGGGAAAUCUCAGGCCAAACAUCUAAAUGUCCAAAUGGUGGCCGCUGACAAACUAGCGCAGUGCCCUCCGGAAAUGUUUGAUGUUAUUUUGGAUGAAAACCAACUUGAAGACGCCUGUGAACAUCUAGCAGACUAUCUAGAGGCUUACUGGAAGGCCACCCACCCGUCUAGCAGCAACCCACCAAAUGCACUCUUAUCUCGGACAUUAACUACAGCAACACUUCCUGCAACACCCUCUUCUGCCUCGAACGCCCAGGGCUCCCAAGGAGAACAGAAACAUGACCCUCCGGCUCCCGAAAGAACUGGCUCCAUAGAAGAGGAGGCACCUCCUGAAGAGAAAAUUACAAGAAAGUCUCAGCAUCGAUCUUCCUCCUCAGCGCAACACCACAAUCAUCGAAGUGGAGUAAGCAGAGGCCUGUCCAGACAGGAGACAUUUGAUAACGAGACACAAGACACCAGAGACUCAGUUUACCUAGAGCCAAAGGAUGAUUACUCUUCCGAGCACGCUGAUCCACAGGAAUCCCAGCGGGAUCACAAUCAUAGAGACGAAUCACAUGGAGGUAACGAACAUAGACACAAAGAGUCUCGACAUCGGACAAACGAGCAGGACAGGGACCAGGACCACAAUGAAUGCAACAGACCCCGAAGUCGUCACAAAUCAAGAGAACGACAUAGUGAAAGGGACGGCGAGAUUUCCAGGAAACGCAACGAUAACGAGUGGAACCGGGAUGUUUACAUCCAUCAGUAACUUAUUUAACACCUUCUAUGUGUUGACUUUUUUUUCAGUCUUGUAUAAGACCCUUUACACAUUGUUUAAAACUAUAUUGUAAAACAUAUAGCUCCCUUUCUGUAUUUUCAAUGUUUUUUUUCUUCCUUUUCUACCAUUUUUCUUUUUGGCUAUUGCUGAUAAGGCACUAGCCCAGGAUAUCCUUCUUACUCUUUCACUUUGGAUCCUCUACAAAUCUGUUACCAAACCAUGUGUUUAGCUGUUUUCUGUGACAACCACUUGAAUGCUGUACGUUGCCAUCAAGAUAUUGUUGCUGUUCUAAAGCAAGUGAUGAUGUUUUGUAACCUCCUAUUUUUAGAAGAAACUUAUUUCGGGCCUAAAAAUGGUGACUUCACUUUUUGUUUCCCCCGCCUUCCAUAUGUGUUCCACUUUUGCACUGUUAGAUCUCUAUAUUAAUAAUAUGUUGUGGCUGCAAAGGUGAUAUCAGACUUGUGAAAAGACUACUAAAACAUUGCAUUUAUUUUUGUAUUUUUGGAAUGCACCCACCUACUUUGAAUGUUCAUUUCAAAGCCACUAUUUAUUUGAUUUUAGUUUUUUUUUAUGUUUUUCUCUUGUUUUCCGGCCUCCCGUCGUCUUCGUUUGAGAGCAGAGUUGACUAUUGCCUUAUACUCACGAUGUUUCAGAUGAACCUUCUAUGUAACGUUUCUCUCUGGUUAUGUUUUUGUUGUUUUCUUAGCCCUGCAUGGUUUAAUCGUUUGACUGUACAGCGUCGUACGUUUUUUACAUCAUGCUUUAAUAGUCAGUGACUGGAAUUAGCACGGAUACAUUAUGGUUAGGACUCUUUUAAUUGGUCGAUAGUUAGAAUAUAUAUGAAUCGGCUACUUUACUGGAGUUUGACAGAAAAGUCGUCGAUUUAUUGUUAGGUCAUCAUUUUAAUAUUAUCAGUAUGUAAUUUAUUUUCUUGCAGAACCACUGUUUCAAACGGGGUAUUUCUUAAGGGUAAUGCACACUGAUACCUGAUUAUUUUUCAUAGGCCUCUCUCCAUGUGACUGAAUUUUUUUUUAUUCACUACUAAGUCUGACUUUUUGCCCAGAAAUAGCACCUGUCUUGUCCAUGGGCUUUAUCUGGUAUUGCAGAUCAGCUCUUCAAUGUGGAGAAGCUGUGAUACCAGCCACCACCUAUAGAAAAGAGUGGCACGGUUUCUGUUAAAAAAACACAGACCCUUGUUUUAACCUCGGGACAGCUCCUUUACCAUUUGUCGGGUGUAGCCGGGGAUCUUUCUGCAUUAUUUGCAGAUUGGUCAUUGAGGAUAUUUCCAUCCAGUAUGGAACGGACUUUACUGGCAGUAGAAACGUUCUCAGUUUCAUGGGGAAACUUGAGAUCCUGCUGUAGGGUCCUCAACAUUUAGUAAAUUACAGGAGAUGUAUAAUAUGAUAAAUAUAUACAGUAAAAACCUCUUUUUGAUGACCACCCAACAUUGCAUUGAAAAGUGGUUUUCUGUGAGAGGGUGACCUUCUCGAUGAAGAUGGCCAGUAGGGUGGAACUAAAAAUCUGGGACAAGGGAGUUGUAGUCUCACCACAGUGGUAGAUCCAUAGGUUGUAGAUCACUGACCCAAGGUCACACAUCCUACUCCAUGCUAGUAGCAAGUGGCAGGGGCAUAGUAAGGGCUUGAGAAGCAAAUGUCCCAGGUACCAGAGAGGUGCACCGACCCACCACAAUGCCUUGACUUGAGAUUUAGAUACAGGGGUAGGGCAGUAAGCUGAAUAUAUUUGCCCAGGGUAAUAAAAGGCGUAGCUACGAUUCUGGCAAAUGGGUCAAUACAAUAGAAAUUAGUUUGUAGUGCAAUUCCCCUAUUAGUGGUGUAUUGACUAUGAAGGCAGAACUCCUAUUCCCUACAUAAAACAGAAGCUUCCACUAGGAGGAGCACAGUGCAAAGAGAUUGUUACAGCUUCCAUUGAGUUCAAUGAGAACUGUAUACAUUCCUAUGCAAUAAGCUCCCCCUAGUGGUGGCUGCAGACAGAGUUUUAUAAUAUAUUUUGUGAAGGGGAGCAGAGGAUUUAGAGCUAUAUGGGGGGAAUUCAUCAAUUUAUUUAUGCCUGUUGAUGGGUGUAAAUAAUUAGAGAAAUACGAUGUUCAGAAUGAGUGCCACAUUUAUAAAAGCACCUGUUCCGCUUUUUCCGACAUAGAAGUGGGUUAAAGUGAGUGAGAUGGAGUGCAUAUUUUUUUUAUUUAAAAAAAUCCUCAAUGUAAUUAAAAAAAAAUUGUAAACUUGCAGAAUUUUCAUUAUGAUAUCUGUGUAUGCCCCUGGCCCCUAACAUAUUAACCAAAGUAUCUGUAAAUCUAUAAUUCUACCAUUUCCAAGAGUUUUUUUUUAUUAUUUGAUGUCCAAAAUGUUUUGCCCAAAAGGACACAAAUUUACAACAUGGCUUCCUCCCUUGUGUGUCGGCAAUAAUGGUUCCCACCCCCCUGUAAAUCCUUGAAUAUUUAAUGAACCACUCAGAAGUCAUAAAUAUACCUGUACAUAUACACAGAAAUAUCUAUAUUUAUAUUUGUGAUAUUUAAGAGAAAAUAUUAGACUGAAAUAUACACUUGCACCAGUGAGUAUUAACAUUGCCAAGCAGCAUUUUCCUUGACAAUAAAGUCCUGAAAUUCCAUUUUCUUUGGGUUGAGAACACACUUUUGGUAUAAGGUUUUUGUUAUUUAGUGUUUUUCUUUUUUUUCAAUGAAAACAAAAACUAAAGAGAUUUAAAUAUAAGCUUUGUUGAAUACUGUAUAUGCAUAUUUGUGGGAAGUAUCUUUAUUUUCAAGAUUCAGAUUUGUAAGCAUUUGUAUAUACUUCAAAAAAAGGCCUUUGUAGAUAUUGGACUGUAGGUUUCCGUAGACAUGUCAGACUGUUAAUUGGAUUUAUUUAUUUAUUAUGCUAUAUUACAAAUGGUGGCUGUGAAAAAAACAUGUUAUUCUUAACAUGUAGACAAACAAGAGAAUGAUGUUCUAAUAAA